AUGUCACCACCCGCUCCUUGGACAUGGCCGCUAUCGUGGCGAGUCGUUCUCCUACUCAAUGUUGGCAUGUUCAACUUACUGGGCAAUGCCUUCGCCGCCGGAGUAUCUCCGCUCUUCAGUCUCAUCAUACAAGAGUUCCACAUCACCCAAGACGAAGCAUCACAAUUGUCGACCUAUGUUCUGCUCACCUUGGGUAUUUCCAAUAUCUUCGCUCUACCGGCUGUGGCACUAAUCGGCAAGCGCUAUACGAUCCUCCUCUCUCUCGUUUUAUUCCUGGCUAUGUGCAUUUGGUCUGGCGAGGCAACUUCUUUCGCCUCCUUGAGAACCUCACGCAUUCUCGGAGGUCUUGCUGGGGGCCUGAUCGAGGCUCUUGGUCCCAGCAUUGUGGUCGAGACUUUUCCUGAACACCAGCUUGCGAGGGCCAUGGUGGUAUACGUCGGCCUCUUGGCUGCAGGCUCUUCGCUUGGGCCACUGGUGGCUGGAGCUGUUGCGAAUGGCCUCGGCGACUGGAGGUGGUACUCACGCAUUCUGGCAGCCGUCAUAGGCCUUAAUCUCGCAGGAUCCAUUGUCAUGCUCCCAGAGACGACUCCCGACCCUUAUGAGGCAAGCGCAAACGUCGAGAGCGAUAACGGAUCGUGCAAGCCGGCGCAGAGCGAGAACGAAGAUAUACGUGCGGGGAGCGGUCGUGUGCGAACACCAGAAACUGCCUCUACUUCCUCGUCACUCGGCCGACAGUGGCUCAUGCGAUCCUUCUCAUUUGAAUUUGUCAAUCUGGACUGGAAGCUUGCUUUACGUAGCUUCUAUCAGCCGCUAUCACUCUUCAUUCUCCCCCAAGUCUUGGUCGCCACGCUGGUAUUCGGUCUCACCAUUGGCUGGACGGUUUUGAUCUCCAUCAUCGUGGCAAUGAAAUAUGGUCAACCGCCUCUUCUAUGGAGCCCUCUCGCUAUUGGCCUCUUGAAUGUUGGGCCACUGGUGGGCUUGCUCGUUGGUCUGCCGUUCGGUGGCGCCCUUGCAGACAUCCUCUUUAACAGAGCAACCCGUCGAUCUGGUGGCACCGAGAACCACCGUGCAAGAUUGCCUGCGAUCCUGGUUGGUGCCAUUCUCAGCCCAGCUGGUUGUCUGAUCUUGGGGUUCGGCUUGAAGAACCCCACCAACUGGAGUCUGGUGACCGUUGGCUGGGGAAUGCUCGCAUUUGGCUUGACUAGCUCUGCUAAUGUGCUCCUGACAUAUGCUGUUGACACUCUGCCCGCCCGUGCAAGCCAUAUCGGCGCGCUCAUCAACUUGGCUAAGAAUUGCCUCGCAUUCGGUGUCUCUUAUACAUCCGUGAGCUGGACGCAGACGAUGGGGCCUGUUGGCCAGUUUGGUACAAUGGCUGGGCUACUUUGGUUCGCGUACUUGAUGGUGAUUCCAGUUUGGUUCUACAAUGAUGCUUUGACUCGGAUGGCCUCCAAACUGUUCAGGUAA